AUGCCAAAGCCUCUUCCUGAGCCAAGUAUUUUGAACGAGGAAUCCUGUCCGCAAGUAGAAGUGUUGAAAACGCCGGUAACGCCAGUAAUGACGGAGGAUCUGACGUCUUUACAUGAAUUAAUCCAGCGGGAUGUCCACACACUUUCCGACAAAUCAAGCAAACAUCGCCUGCAGAGACACUUAAACAAAGAAGCUAAGGUCCGCCGAUCGACCAGGUCUGUUGUCUUGGGGAAAGCGAAGGUAAUGAGCUACGAAGACCUUGAGCAGGCGAGGAAGAAGCGUGCUGAGAAGGAG